AUGAGCUCGGGAUCCGAGCCCCGGACACCCUGGACAUCCUUCAGCAUCGCAGACAUCCUAGGCUCGUGCAUGAUUCCCCGAAGGCCCUCUGUGUCGCGGCCUCCAGAGUCGAACCAGGGUCCCACGUCGCCGCUGUGCGCGCUGGAGGAGCUGACUAGUAAAACUUUCCGCGGACUUGACGGGCACACACCGCAGCCCUCUGAAGGCCGCGCGGCCCCGGGCGCGCUGGGCUCCGGCCAGGCUGGCCGCAGACGGCGGAAGUCACGCACGGCGUUCACCGCGCAGCAGGUGCUGGAGCUGGAGCGGCGCUUCGUCUUCCAGAAGUACCUGGCGCCGUCCGAGCGCGACGGGCUGGCGUCUCGGCUCGGCUUGGCCAACGCGCAGGUCGUCACGUGGUUCCAGAACCGGCGCGCCAAGCUCAAGCGCGACGUGGAGGAGAUGCGCGCCGACCUGGCCUCGCUGCGCUCGCUGUCCCCAGAAGCCCAGUGCCGCCUCGCGCUGCCGGACGGCGCCCCUGGCCUCGGCCCUGGCCCCGCCCGGCCUGACUCGGAGCUCCACCUUUCUGACGAGGAGAUACAGGUGGACGAUUGAAGGCAAAGCUGCCUCUAGGGCUCUGCGGCGCUGACCUCCGCCCCCCCCCCCCCCCCCCCCCCCCCCCCCCCGGCGCCCUGUCCGGGUUCACGGGGUAGGAGGGAGGGUGUCGACCCACGCCCCUUUCGGCUCACAGUCCAGACGCCCACCUUCCCCGAUUGUUGAGAAUAAACUCCAGACUUGGCCGCUGCUGCUAAGUCGCUUCAGUCGUGUCCGACUCCGUGCGACCCCAUAGACGGCAGCCCACCACGCUCCCCCGUCCUUAGGAUUCUUCAGGCAAGAACACUG